AAACAAUUCUACUAGAAAUUAAAAUUCUAUCUUACACCAAAACAAAUAUGGAAAAUUUGAAGAAUGAAUGCCAUGUUCUUCUUGUAACAUUUCCAGGACAAGGUCAUAUAAAUCCAUCUCUUCAAUUUUCUAAACGUUUAGUUAACUUAGGAGUGAAAGUCACUUUUUCCACAAGCCUAACAGCUUUCAAUCGCAUAAACAAUCUCCCAACUAUAGAAGGAUUAACCUUUGCUCCUUUCUCUGAUGGCUAUGAUGGAAAAUUUAAAGGAUCAGUAGAUGAGUUGCAUUCAUUUUAUUCUUCUUUGAUUAGUCACGGAUCCGAAUUCGUGACCAGACUCGUUACAUUCAGGACGGCCGAGGGCCGCCCUUUCACGCGUAUUAUUUACACGACCCUUAUGGCUUGGGUAGGUUUAGUGGCCAAGAACAUUAAUGUCCCGUCCACACUUUUUUGGAUCCAACCAGCUACAGUUUUCGAUAUUUAUUAUUAUUGUUUCACCGAUUAUAAUAACAACAUACCCAGUAUAUUUUUACAAGUGGGAUCUAAUUAUGUUGAUUAUUUCAAGAAUUGUUCUCAAGAUCAAGUUGUAGAGCUUCCAGGAUUGCCUCAGCUUAGUCGUCGCGAUUUUCCUUCGUUUGUGUUCAUUGACGUGAAUUCUAGUUAUGGUUGGGGAGUUAAAUCUAUCAUAGAUCAAAUUGAGCUAUUGAAUAAUGAAGAAAAUCCAAGAAUACUUGUGAAUACUUUUGAUGCUUUGGAACCUAAUGCUUUGAGGGUUUUGAAAAAUUUAACAAUGGUUGGAAUUGGCCCUUCAAUUCCUUCGGCUUUUCUUGAUGGAAAAGAUCCGUCUGAUAAUUCAUUUGGAGCUGAUUUGAGACGAAGUUCGGAAAAUUACAUGGAGUGGUUGGAUACAAGGACUAAAGAGUCAGUUAUUUACAUAGCAUUUGGUAGCUAUUCUGAGAUAUCAAGUCAAUUGAUGGAAGAAAUAGCUCAAGGAUUAGUAAAAUGUGGAAGACCAUUUUUGUGGGUGAUUAGGGAAGGAAAAGAAGGGGAAAAUCUAGGGGGGAAAUUGAGUUGUAAAGAGGAAUUGGAAAAGAAGGGGAAAAUAGUGUCUUGGUGUUCACAAGUGGAAGUUUUACAACACCCUUCUUUGGGUUGUUUCUUGACACAUUGUGGAUGGAAUUCGACUUUAGAAAGCUUAUCUUCUGGAAUCCCAGUCGUGGCAUGUCCGUUGUGGACAGAUCAAGGUUGUAACGCUAAGCUCAUUCAAGAUGUUUGGAAGACUGGCGUCAGAGUGAAUGCCAAUGAAGAAGGUCUCGUCGAAAGAGAUGAGUUUAAGCGGUGUAUAGAAAUCGUGAUGGAAGGAGAGAAAAGGGAGGAGCUUAGAGGGAAUGCCAAGAAAUGGAAGGAUUUAGCUAAGGAAGCUAUGAAUGAAAAUGGUUCAUCUAAUGUAAAUCUCAAGGCUUAUGUUAAUGAGAUUUUACUCGGUCAUUGUUAAAAUUAAAAAUAAUAAUUGAGAGUCGUUAUUGUAAUCCUCCGCCUAUGUUAUAGUACAUGUUAUGCAUACUUGAAUGUUGAUUCUUGACUAUGUUUAA